AUGGAGGAGACAUUCCAUGUCUCCAAGUUGACCGACGUCGUAGAUUCGACGUAUUCCCCUACCAAAGAGAUCUAUCCGCAUCCCGAUGGAGAAACAGAGCACUUAGUGCAUGUGCUCAACUGCGGAUACAAUUCCUCUGAGUCGUCCACGCAGCCAUCAUCAAACGAUAUAUUAGGCGUCGAUCUCGACGACAACGACAAUGGCGACCGACCCCAGGGACUGAAUUCCCAUUCCCGAGCGUCCAGUCGCUCCUCGGUUUCUUCAUUGCCCAUGUCAGUCCUCACCAAUCAGAUGGAUACGAUAAAACCGGCGAUUGCGCACGAAGCACACGAACAUAUGUUCUGGGAUGAUCAGUACACAAGAGUACGGGGACAGGGACAGAUGAAGCAUAUCCAUACAAUUCGGCAGCGCGAGGCGGCGUUUCGCAAACCGAGUUCUGUCAGAGCGAUGCAGAUGCAUACAGAGGAUGAAGGUGAUGAUGAUUACUUGACACCGCCGAGACGACGAGGAGGACCCCGGACGUCGGAUACCUCUGUGCGGUCAUCUGGGUCGUCGCCGCUGAAGACAUACCCGUAUUACUCUCCCAUGGUGUCUACAGGGAAACCGAAGGUGAAAAAGGAAUAUCCACUUGUGCUUUUGCAUUGUACCCUGCUUCCCCCGUCUCUGCCUGUGCCGGGGCUAAUGGGGCUUCCGGAUCCGAAAAUCCUGAAAGAGGUGCUGCCGUUGGAGUAUUGGAGACGUUGGAAGCGGUUGGAGGAGAAGGUUGGAUCGGGGAUGCUGCGCGAUCGUGGGGUGCUGAUUUCCCAUCCGGAGGAUAUGUAUGACUUGUUGGAGGAGCGACUGCUAGAGAGCUUAGAGCUGCAGCGCCCACGGCUCGAUCAUGGUCAUUUUGUAGGACAUGACGAGACGGAUUCCGAGAGAGAAGACCAGGCGAGUAGAGAGGAGAGCGAAACGGAUGGCGAGCAGGGUGAAGAAUGUCCCGACUGCGGUGGGCGGAUCCUCAGACCGAACAAUCUUAGUAGGAAAUGGGAGAUCAGGGUCUUUGCAGCCAACGGGUUGAUGAGAGCCGGAGCCUGGGCUGCAGCCUGGAAGGAGAUGGAGAAGGUGGACGUCGAGGUUGGUCUGUGGCUGCCGCCAGAAAUCAGGAGAGAGUUAGAGAAAAGGUUGUUGGACAAUGAGAAACCAUCGUCGAGAAAUCAGACAGGAAUGAUACAGCUCUUCGAACCUAUCAACGAGACGGAGAGUCAGCCACGUUCAUUGCAUCAACAGACACCACCUUUGUCAAAUGAUGUCCAAAUUCCCUGUGCUUCCAAGAGGUCUUCAUCCCCGGUCCAGCAGAAUGGACCAUUUUAUCGUCACAAACCCGAAAUGGAGAUCGCCAUCCAGACCCUUCUGGUGAACUACGUCCGCGUCCUGGCCAGUGACCGGCGCAACGUUGCCAUCGCUUUUCUCAGCAUUCUUGUAGCCUUUUUCGCCAUUGGCUCAGGACACAACUCUCCAGCAUCAGAUCUGCGUCCCUUUCCCCAGGAUAUGCUGCACCCUUCUCCCCCUUCAUCUAUCUCUCCGAUACCAAGCUCAUCUGUGGACUGGAUGACCCCAGCCAUUUCUGAAGUACCAAUUCUAAACUCCUCGCCGAUCUCCAUCGAAACUGUCUCCUCAUCCGCGAGCGUCAUGGAUCCCACGACUUCUGCUACUUCCCUUGAUGCACAAGAAACCCCCCUUACUAUGAGUGAACCCCGGACCCCUGAGCCUCCCCAAAUCGCCUCCCUUUCCGAGGAAAAGGAAAAUGCACAUGCAUCAGACAGUGCGGUAUUCCCACCCGCAGAGCACAGCAUAGAGACGACAGAACCAAUAGCAUCCGAAACCAUGGAGCUAGAACCAACCCCUGAAAAUGAGAAUGACGAUAAUAUCGAGGAAUUGCCGGUACAGAAUGAUGACGAAAUGGAUGAGCAAUUGAUUGAUUGA